CCGGCAGCGCCUCGGAGGAGGCGGCGGCGGGGGGCAUGGACUCGGGCGGCAGGAACUCCUCUGGCGCUCCGAACAGCACCCUGAGCGAGUCUCAGGGCAGCGCCAUCCUCAUCUCAUUCAUCUACUCCGUGGUAUGCCUGGUGGGGCUGUGCGGCAACUCCAUGGUCAUCUACGUGAUCCUGCGCUACGCCAAGAUGAAGACGGCCACCAACAUCUACAUCCUCAACUUGGCCAUCGCGGACGAGCUGCUGAUGCUCAGCGUGCCCUUUCUGGUCACCUCCACCCUGCUGCACCACUGGCCCUUUGGCUCACUGCUCUGCCGCCUGGUGCUCAGCGUGGAUGCCAUCAACAUGUUCACCAGCAUCUACUGCCUGACCGUGCUCAGUGUGGACCGCUACAUUGCUGUGGUGCACCCCAUCAAGGCGGCUAGGUACCGCCGGCCCACUGUAGCUAAGAUGGUCAAUCUGGGUGUCUGGGUGCUUUCCAUCCUCAUCAUCCUGCCCAUCAUCAUCUUCUCCAACACAGCAGCCAACAGUGAUGGAACGGUGGCUUGCAACAUGCUCAUGCCAGAGCCCACGCAGAGGUGGCUGGUGGUCUUUGUGGUCUACACCUUUCUGAUGGGCUUCUUGCUGCCUGUGGUGGCCAUCUGCCUCUGCUACAUCCUCAUCAUUGCCAAGAUGCGCAUGGUGGCCCUGAAGGCUGGCUGGCAGCAACGCAAACGCUCGGAGCGCAAGAUCACCCUCAUGGUCAUGAUGGUGGUGAUGGUCUUUGUCAUCUGCUGGAUGCCCUUCUACAUUGUGCAGCUGGUCAAUGUCUUCGUAGAGCAGGAUGAUGCCACCAUCAGCCAGCUCUCUGUUAUCUUGGGCUAUGCCAACAGCUGUGCCAACCCCAUCCUCUAUGGCUUUCUUUCGGACAACUUCAAGCGGUCCUUCCAGCGGCUGCUCUGCCUCAGUUGGAUGGACAAUGCUGCAGAGGAACCCAUCGACUACUAUGCCACUGCCCUCAAGAGCAGGGCAUACAGCGUGGAGGACUUUCCCCCAGACAACUUGGAGUCAGGGAGCAUGUACAGGAAUGGCACUUGCACCUCCAGGAUUACCACUCUCUGAGGAAGCAUUCCUGCCCCCCACUCCCCUACUGCCCCCCAGCAGGAGGGUGAGCGAGGCCAGGGCUGUGGCAUGGGGAGGCUGGGAGGGAGGGGGGGUUUAGUCCUUCCCACCAACAGCGGUGUUUGGGACAAGAAGGAGCAAAGAAACCCCCACAUCCUCGGUCUGCUGCCCCAUCUCCCUCUCUGCCUCCCUUGAGAGCGGGUGCAGUCACUGAUGCUUUAUCACCCACUUAGCAGAUUGAUGCACUCAUAGGUUGACUUAGGGUCUGGCAGCCAGGCUCUGCCACCCCUUUCUCUGUCUGAUGAGUGGCUGUAUGGGUCCCACAGCAAUUCUCCCCUCACCUUUUGUACAGAUUGCCCUCUCCCUUGGCUGGUGGGACUCCCCAGGCCACUGAGUCAAGCCUCUUCAGUCAAGCCCCAGCAUUCAGGCUCAGACUCCCCCAAAACUGAAAGUGACCCUGCUCAGCAUCUGUCAGUAUGCACCUCCCCCCUCAGAGAUCAAAAAUGCUGGGAAAAGUCCCCUCAACACACAGCUUGUCCUCCGCCAGGAAGGAGCAAGUAGCCUCUCUCUGCCACCCCCAGGAAUAAAAGAGAAAGCAGGGAGCAAAAAGGCCCCAAGAAAAGAAGCAGCAUAGUCAUGGAGCUGUCUUUUGCUUUGCAGACAGCUUCCACCUCACUGGGGCUCUGGCACUCUGUGCUAUGCUUGGGGAAACAGGGCAGAAAAGGUCUUUGGAAAAAAAAAUCUGAUUAUUGCUGUGCUUCAGAGCUGCGCAGCAGGUUGCUGAUAACGGCAGUUAAACAGUCCUGUGACUCACAGGCAGCAGAGCGCCAAGCGAGGAGCCGGGGGAAGCACUGAGCUGGGAAAUGUUUGAAUGUGUCCAUACAUACAAUAAAGUGUGCUAAUAAUCAAGUUUAAAAGGAGCGCUAGACUGUGAAGCUAUUGUCUUGCACCUGCUCCAUCAGCUGUGAAACAGCGAUGAAGGGAGCUGAGACAGUUUUAUAUGACCUGGGUGGCCGCAAAGUCACUUUAGCCUACAUGGAAACAGAGGGAUUAGUCUCAAAAUCUCCAUCAGGCUCUGAAAUAAAUACUUGAC